AUGGCCGUCACAGCAAUGUCGCCGCCAGCACAGGCCCAGCCGCCCUCCACCCCGUCCUCCAACGUCUCAGGAACACAGGGGGCCAACGGGUCGCUUGUCCCGAAAGCAAAAAACGGUUCCUCCAGAAGAAUCGAGAUCGACAACCUUGUGGUGGAGUUCCAGAAAAAACUCGGCAAGAACUGGGACGUUUACCAGGUCACCGUGUCGAUGUUUCUUGUUGGAAAGCUGUCACGCUCCGAAUUGAUGGAGGAGCUCGACCAAAUCUUGGAUAAAACCACCGUCAGGUUCCAUAAUCAGCUGUUACUCACCAACCUGGCCAACUCGCUGAGAGACGAGCCGCUCGACGGAACAUCCUACUCAGGCUUCGGAAACCAGCAGCUUUCCAAGAAACGCAAGGCCGGAACAAAAUCAUCGCAAUACGAGCUACUGAAAAAAGAUAUUCUCUCGCUGUCUAUUCGAGAAAGACGGCGACUAAAGGGCAUCAAGCGCGAGUCUGGCAAGCGCGGGAUGGUCAACUCGGUCAUAGCGCUCACCAGACAGGCGAUUGUGCCGAAGGUUCCAAUUGUGACGAACAACGAGUCCUCGAUUUCGGGAAAUACAAGUCAAUGGGCCCAGGACGUUCUGGACGGGUUCCAAACACCGCUCUGUUCCGAGACCUACGAGCUACCUGACAAAACACAUCUGGACUCGCGUGUUUUGGGAAUUGCCAGAGAACACGGGCUUGUGGGGCCUGUUGGUGAAGGAGUUUCUGAUGUUUUGUCUCUUGGAUUGGAAUACCAUCUAAAACUGCUCAUUGAACGAGCAAUGGACAUGGUUCGUUUGCGACAGCCAGACAGAACCAGAGACGCAGAAAACUCCAAACAGAACAGCACAAUAACCAUGACGAUCGAAGACUUGUACGACACUUUGGAGAUGGCUCCUCAUUUGGUCGAGCCCAACGGGGCCCUAUUUGGUCUGAGCGACAACCAGCUCAAGAACGACGACGACGUGUCUCUUUUACAACAACAACAGCAGUACUUGCAACGCGGUUCGGCCCAACAGAAGCUUUCCAAGAUUUCGUAUCUGCUGAAACCGCAGAAAACCGAGUCGCUGGUUGCUCCGGCCUCGUCCUCGUCCACCAUCACGGCUCCAGCGUCGAUGCCUGCGAUUUCUCCCUCGCGUCAGGGCGAAAGGCCGGCCAACGGAGCAGAAGAGCCACCAAGACCAGACUCCUCACAACUGCAGAACGGGAAACCCGUUGUGCCUGAAACUGCUGCUUCGGGCUCGGCACCCAACUUACGACUCACCGACGCAUCGAUCGGUCUUCCGAACGAGCUCAAUUGGCUCAUCAACGACCUCUUGUGCAACAACUAA